AUGAAAAAAAAACAAGCAAAUUAUAUUUUCAAUUUCCAACAAGAGUUCAAGUUUUAUUGCCAAGCAGACGUUACGGUUUUACGCCGAGCUUGUAUGUCGUUUCGGGAAUCGUUUAUAAAAUGCGGUAAUGUUUGCCCGUUUGCUGAGUGCACCACAAUAGCAUCAACAGUUUCAAAAAUAUUUAGACGAAAUUUUCUUAAGCCUGAUACGAUAGCUAUUUUACCACCUAAUGGGUGUUAUAGGUGGCGGUCAACACAAUCUAUUAAAGCUAUUUCAUGGUUGAUAUUAAAAGAAUACGAACUAGGUUGUCAAAUUAUCAAUGCCGCACGUUCCGAAGAAUAUCGUUUAGAAGGGGGUAUAGCGGUUGACGGUUAUUAUGUAGAUAGUAAAACUAAUGAACGCGUCGUCUUACAGUUUCAUGGAUGUUUUUGGCAUGGAUGUUUAUCGUGUUAUCGGGUGAAUCGUGAUAAAGAAUUAGGUAAAGGAGAUACUAUGGAUGAGCGAUACGAGAAUACUUUAGCAACUUCCGAAAAAAUCCGUCGUUUAGGUUAUAAAUUAAUAGAAAUAUGGGAGUGUGAAUAUGAUAAACUUUUGUUGAGAGAUCCAGAAAAAGCUAGCUUUUUACGAUCACACCCUUUGCUUGAUAAACACCCUUUGAAUCCUCGCGAUGCUUUUUUCGGGGGUCGCACUGAAAAUUUUAUACAGUUAUACGAUGCCGAAGAAGGAGAAAAAAUAAAAUAUGUUGAUGUUUGCUCACUUUAUCCGUAUAUUUGUAAGACAGGUAAAUUUCCUAUAGGUCACCCUAAAAUUUUUACGGGUGAUGAAUGCUUGCAACUUAUUAAAGAGAAUAAGGAUCUAUCUGAUAUCGAGGGUCUUGUAAAAUGCACAAUUUUGGCUCCACGCGACCUUUAUCAUCCCGUAUUACCAUGUAAACUUCAUAAUAGGCUUAUCUUUGCCUUGUGUUAUACAUGCGCUUUAUCUUUAAAUCAACAUGAUUGUGAUCACGAUGAGGAUAGCCUUAGAGCGUUUACAGGCACAUGGGUAGUUGAUGAAAUACGUAAAGCAAUAAGUGAAGGAUAUAUUAUCAUUAAAGUACAUGAGAUAUGGCAGUAUGAAAUAGCACAACAUAAUCCAGAAAAUGGGUCAGAGGGUUUAUUUGCUGAUGAUAUAAAUAUGUUUUUGAAAAUUAAAAUAGAAUCAAGCGGGUACCCUAAAGAUUGUAUUACUGAGCAAGAAAAAGAUGCUUAUAUUGCUGAAUAUGAAAAAGCUGAAGGUGUAAAACUAGACAUAGAACAAAUUACGAAAAAUGAGGGCUUACGAGCUGUAGCUAAAUUGAGUUUGAAUUCAUUAUGGGGAAAAUUUGGACAACGGGAAAAUUUACCACAAACUGAAAUUAUCACCACUAGAGCUCGAUUAAUGGAGAUGUUAACAGAUAGUCAGAUUGAAAUCACGGGGUUUCUACCGGUAAAUGAUAAAACAAUAUAUCUAAAUUAUAUAAAUUGCGCGGAUAGUGUAACAGCUUCACCUACAACGAAUGUUGUUAUAGCUGCGUAUACAACAGCCCAAGCUCGCCUAAAGUUAUAUAGUUAUUUAGAAAACUUGGGUGAACGUGUAUUAUAUUGCGAUACAGAUUCUUGUAUUUCCAUUUCUAAAGAUAAUCAAUACGAACCCCCAACAGGUAAAUUCUUAGGCGAUUUAACCGAUGAGCUAGAAUCUUAUGGAUCUGGUAGUUAUAUAUCAUCAUUCGUAACAGGCGGUCCUAAAUUUUAUGCCUCCAUUGUCCGUAAAACAGAUGACAGUACUAGCGAGGUGUUCAAAGUUAAAGGGAUAACGUUAAAUUUUGAAAACAGUCAAAAAAUCAAUUAUAAUACAAUCAGGUCUUUUAUAUUAGGUGAUAAUACUGAACCUAUUAUAGUUAAGUUUGACACUAUAAGACGUACGCUUUUUUAUGAUGUAGUAACGCGUAAAGAAUCAAAGACAACAAAGCUGCAAUAUAAAAAGCGUAGGCUUACUAAUGAACAUCGGUCUUUACCAUUCGGUUAUUUAACGUUAUAA